CUCGUUUGGCUUGAUAGCGGUUCUCAAAAGACGCAGCGCAGCGCAACCAAGGAAACCCUCUCCUGAAACCGCUACUUCUAUAAACGUGUUUCGUCAAAAUCAACCUUAUCAAAACGCCAUUUUGCUCUGCUUCUCUCUCACAUAGUAUACUGAGACAAGACAAUGGAGUCCCCAAAGCCCUACGGGCGCUCAAACCCUCUGCUCUCGCUCUCCACUUUCAUACACCAGAACUGCCUCCGCCUCGGCGCCGAGCUCUCCAGCCGUCUCGAAGACACCAAGCGGCUCGCCGGAACCCUCGCCGGAAGCUUGGCGCCGGCGGCGAGCAGGCGUAUGCGCUCGGCUCCGGUUGCUCCGCCCUUCGCGUGGCUGUCUCAGAGCAAUCACGCCUUGGCCGCGACCAUCAGCUCGGACCACGUGGCGAAGAGCCUAGCCGGCACGGCGGUGUAUACGGUUAGCAAUUCGAACAAUGAGUUUGUGCUUAUCUCUGAUCCCAAUGAAGCCAAGUCCAUUGGCCUCCUCUGCUUUCGCCACGAAGAUGCCGAAGCCUUCCUAGCUCAAGUUCGUUCGAGGAGAGAGUUACGAAGUGCGGCUAAGGUUGUCCCGAUUACUCUCGACCAGGUAUACAUGCUGAAGGUUGAAGGAAUUGCGUUCCGGUUUUUGCCUGAUCCAGUUCAAAUAAGGAAUGCACUCGAGCUCAAAUCCGCUGACAAGAGUGCGUUUGAUGGAGUUCCUGUUUUUCAGUCGGACCUUCUGGUUAUGAAGAAGAGAAACAAGCGUUACUGCCCAAUAUAUUUCACCAAGGAAGAUAUUGAAAGAGAAUUGUCAAAGGUCUCUAGAGCGUCCAGAGGACCAGUUUCUGAACAUAUUAUGGUUGGUAGUUUGGAAGAUGUUUUGAGAAAAAUGGAGUUAAGUGAAAAGAAUUCAGGCUGGGAAGAUCUGAUUUUCAUUCCACCUGGAAAAAGCUACUCCCAACACAUUCAGGAUGUGGUUAAAGCCUGAAGCCUACAAAGUCCAUCUUCAACUAACCAUACAAGGAUUUGCUGGGCAGUGAGCUCAAUAGCAUGUCUCCAGAGGUUCAUAAUAAAGCAGGUCAGAGCUAGAGGCUUGUAGUUGGUCAAUGAUAUGCAAAGGGAAGCUGAGGUUAGAAGAGACAAUAGAAAAAUGGAACAACCUGAAUAUGUUUCGUUGGAGUUGGGCGAAUUGCCAACAGUGGACGGAGGUGGAGGUUGGUGAAUUGCCAAACUGUACUUGUACAGCUUUAUAAAUUUGAUAUCAUUGUUAUCUAGGGAGUGUAUUAAAGUUUCUGAUUUCAUAGAGGGGUUAGAGUCUUCAACUACUUAAAGUUGCUUUUCGACCCCUGUGUAACACCAUGUUGAAAGUCUUCAACUAGUUUAGUGUCUGGUAAAACGACGGUGUUUGGGUGCUACUUUAAGGAUUGUUGUGGAAAUGGGCCCAAACUUGAUGACCAAA